AUGAGGCCAAUUCAAAAUUGCUUUGAAAUUAGUUGUAUUGAGUGCUAUGAAAAAGCUAUUUCAAUAAAUCCUUAAAAUGAUAUUGCAUGGACUAUCAAAGGUAGUAUAUUUCGAUAUAUGAAUUUAUAGGUUAAGCAUUAUGCAGUUUAGAGAAAUAUUUCGAAGCUAUUGACUACUACGACAUUGCUACUUCCAUUAAUCCUAAAAAUGAUACAGCAUGGACUUAGAAAGGUAAAUUUGAUCAUAAUUUAGGUGUGGCACUAAUCUUUUCUGUAAAUAUUGAUUUUUACACAUUAUAAAGAAAUAUAAAGAUGCAAUUGUUUGCUUUGAAAAAGCCAUUUCUUUAUGUAUGAAUCCUCUGAGUUUAAGACUAAAAGGUAAAUUAUUCGCAAUUAUUUUAUAAUUAGCUGAUUCACUAUUUGAAUUAGGAAACAAGGAUGAAGCCUAAGUAUUGUAUUUAGUAGCGUUAGAAACAGGAUCAGAUGAGAAGGAGUAUAUACAGGAUUAGCUUUAAAAGUUAUGA